GGCGAGUUUAUUCGAAAGCUAUUAAUCUCCUUGAGUGUUUCUUGUGUUUUAAGGUCUCUGCAAUCCAGUGUACACGGUUUUAAUCACCUUCUGAAACAGUCGGAAACACCAGGUAAUAAAACAGUUAUUCGGUUUUUGUUGUUCAUUAUUGACAUGCAAGAUUGACAUCACAAUUUAUAUGUAGUCUGUUACAGAGUCGGCGCGUAUAUUUUAAUAUGAGGACAUUUGAGGUUUUUCCUAAAAAGUCACAAUCAGAUAUAUUGCCGCAUGAAAAAUGUGAGAAAAAUCCAUAAAGAACAAUUUUUUUUAUUAGAAUUACCCACUAAAAUAUAAUCUGUUUUCAUGACGUGGUCGAAAAAUAUCAAGUCAUUUGUUGGUCAAAACAUCCUUAAAUAAUCGUGUGAUCCAAACAUAUCAAGUUAUCGCUUGCUCAAAACAUUCUUAAAUCUUCAUUAAAUCAUUUUAAACAAUUAAUUCUUUCAUAAAUGGCAGGUCAUUGUGAAAAUGUUUCAUUCACUAACUUCCAAAAAUUUAAAAAAAAAAAAAAAUAGUUGAAACUCUUAUAAAAUUAAUUGUGAGUAUAAUAUCAUGAUGUUAAAUCAUAUAAAAAAUUCUUAAAUCUUUAUUAAAUCAUUUUAAACAAUUAAUUACUUCAAAAAUGGCAGGUCAUUUUGAAAAUGUUUCAUUCACUAACUUCCAAAAAUUUAAAAAAAAAAAAAAAAAAAUAGUUGAAACUCUUAUAAAAUUAAUUGUGAGUAUAAUAUCAUGAUGUUAAAUCAUACAAAAUUAUACAAAUAUACACUCAAACUUUAGGUAUCCACACAAUUCACAACAAAUAGUUCUCUACAGAAAUUAAAUAGAAAUUUGACACAAUUUUGUGUUCUCCAGAAUACAAAGGAUGGCUGCCGAUAUUGUUUUACUCUUCGUUGGGAGAACUGGAAAUGGCAAAAGUUCCACCGCCAACUCUGUCAUUGGUGAAAAGUUCUUUAGUACAGGCAAACUCUGUGAUGAAAGGAGGGUUGAACAGACAAAAACUAAAGAAGUGGACGGUUUAAAGAUCACGGCUGUAGAUGGAACUGGUAUUGGCGACACUGGAUCUGAUAUGAAUGGAGAUCUACAAGACACACUACAAAAAGCUGAGCAUGCCGUCCAACUCUGUGAGUCUGGUUUCAAUGCUCUCAUCUUUGUUAUGACUUACGGUACAAGGUUCACCAAACAGGAGAAAGACACCGUGGAUCUGAUCAAGUCAUUGUUUGGUAGGGACAUCUUCAGACGUUUUGGUAUCAUCGUCAUGACACGAGGUGACCAGUUUGAGAUGGACACAGAGGAUGACCCCAAGACAUUUGACCAGUGGUGCAAGGAACAAACUGGGGAUAUUAGAAUUCUUUUCCAAGAAUGUGACAACAAAAUUGUGAUCUUCAAUAACAAAUCAUCCAACAUUGAUACUCUUAUUAGACAAAGACAAAAGUUACUGAAUCUUGUUCCUGAUACAAAUAAAUACUCAUUAGAAGAAUUUAACCAGGCCAGCAAUGAUCGCCAGAAACUAUUAAUAGGUUAUUCUUUUUUAGAAGCAGAGACACAAAACAAAUAUUUUCUUCAAGACAUUGACCAACAACUAAUUCGUGUUACGUCCACCAAAGGAACCAAACAACGCCACAAGAUGCUAACAAAUAUUCUGUCAGAUUUACAACAAAUGGAAACGGUUCAAAAAAUAUUUAAAGGAUCAGAGUAUUACAAUUCCCUAUGGACACCUUUACAGACAAGGCUUCUAAACGUCAGAUCUCAGCUACGGAUAACAGAAGGUGGUGGCAGUGAAAAGAUCGAAGAAGAAAAGGGUUUUAAAAGACAUAGUGUUGAUGUAACCGACAGCCAACCAUAUCGAAGUCUUCCUUCACCUUCACGGCCACUGUCCUAUAACAUUCUACCAUCAUAUAAUAAUACAUCUACUGCCAUUGACGAUGCACAUUAUUCUCUCUCACUCCAAACAUUACCACCAGCAAGCCAUCAAGUCAAUAAUCAAGUUUUAUUGUUGGUGGGACGAACCGGAAGUGGUAAAAGUUUAACUGCCAACUCUAUCAUAGGGGAACAAGUAUUUGGUAAAAAAGGAGAAGAUUCAAGUCUACUACAGAAAUAUUCCGUUGAUAUUGAAGGCUCAAAGAUCACUGUGGUAGAUGGAACAGAUAUUGGCGACACUGGAUCUGAUAUGAAUGGAGAUCUACAAGACACAAUACGAAAAGCUGAGACUGCCGUCCAACUCUGUGAGUCUGGUUUCAAUGCUCUCAUCUUUGUUAUGACUUACGGUACAAGGUUCACCAAACAGGAGAAGGACGCCGUGGAUCUGAUCAAGUCAUUGUUUGGUAAGGACAUCUUCAGACGUUUUGGUAUCAUCGUCAUGACACGUGGUGACCAGUUUGAGAUGGACACAGAGGAUGACCCAAAGACAUUUGACCAGUGGUGCAAGGAACAAGCUGGGGACAUUAGAAGUCUUUUCCAAGAAUGUGACUAUCGACUGGCGUUGUUUGAUAACAAAACAGAAGACAAUCAAGUUUUGUCACGACAACGGCGUGACCUGCUCGAGUUGGUUCAACGUGACAAACGAUAUUCCGUCCAUGAAUUCACAAAAGCAGAAAAGGGCCGGAUGGACAUUUGUCUGUUACAAGAAUUUCCAAAAGCGGAAACGGAAUCUAAGUCCUUCCUGAGAAAAAUUGAUUCAAAACUUCACGAUAUUAAAGCGAUGAAAGCAGUCAAGGAUCGCGUAGAACUUUUGAAUCAUUGUUUUGAUGAAGUAAACGAUUAUGAAAAACGUAUGUUGGAAAAGUACAAAGGUUACAGCUUCGCUCAAGGGCUACUGCAUAAUUUGACGUUGAAAAAAAUGGAAUUGGAUGCGAAAAGAAGAAACGAGUCAUUUGCAGACAUAGAAGCCGAUCCAGAUGAGCGUACCAGCUUACUGACCAAAGGCAGUGCUGGUCAAGCUGACACAGGAUUCACUCGGCCAGGGUCAAGUAAAUGCUGUAUCUGUACUUUAUCAUGAAAAGGACUUAGCUUUUGAAUUUCUUUUUUAUCUUCAAUGAAAUUUAACAGAUUAUUGAUCUAGUCAAUGCUGUCCUUAGAGAUAAAGUGAAAGAUGUCAUAGUUAUAAUAAUAUUGAAUGUUAAACCUUAACGCCAGACCAACCCUACUGAUUAUCCCAUUGAGGUAACAUAGAAUCAUUGACUGACUGAUCAAGUGAAU